UCAUCCUUGCUUUCUCGCGCGCAAGCGUCGCGUCGGAUUGAGUAUGCAAAACGAACGCGUUUCCAUCUCCUCCUCCUCCUCCUCCUCCUCCCGGAGCUGACACGGAGAAGCGUUUCGUCAUGUGUAAAGAGACAGUUUUACCGCAAUGCUAUUUCAAUAGCUCUCCAGCUCCGUACGAGAGCCACUGACCCAAGAGGAAAGGGAGGUGCCGCGCACUGGCAUAGUCCAUGCGCGUUCACGCGUUUAUCUAGAGUCGGCUGAGCGGACAAGAACUGAGCGGAGCAGGUGUGCGCUUUCAGUCUGGAUUCAGACCUCCUCUCUCUCUCUCUUCUCUGACUUUGAUGGACUUACAUGCGGUGUGUUAGCGUGUAACUGCGGUGGAUGACUCCAUAUGCGUGUUUAUUGCUCAGGGUGAAAAGUGUCCUUGUUGAGAACAAAGAUCAGUGGAGAUCUUCAUCAUGAAUACAGGCAGUGAUUCCCAGUCGUCAGAUUCAGAUGCCUGGCGUUCACGCAGUGUCUCCGAGGGAUUGAGAAAUGGAGACGCCAACAGCUCGUCCUUGACCUCUAAAGGCUUUCGCAGCGUUAGACCCAACCUGCAGGACAAGAAAUCUCCCACACCAGUCCCCUUGCCUCCUCCUCGGAGAGAGAGCUAUCACAUGACCCCUAACCCUCCACCUUACAGUUCGCUCGCAAUGCUGUCAAACGCUACAUUCUCACCCUCACAGAGUCAUGAUGCCAUUUCCACAGGCUCUUACUCCAUUCAGUCUAGUGGCACCUCCUCAUACUCAUACUCCAAGACCACCCGAACCUCCACUAACACCUCUGGAGCCCCCCUCGAGGAGUUCCCCUCCUCCCAGCAGGCUAAUGCUAACAGUUUUAUCUCUCGGGUCCUUGGAAGCAAAUUGUCUUCUUCUAAAUUUGCAACUGACCAACUUAACGCUGCACCUAACAAGAUAAAUGCGAUUACAACUGACCCUAAGACUAAAACUAAGCCAAAAGGAGCAUUCACACCCUCACCGCUAGACCCCGCUAGCACUUCUGAUUCACACAUAGCCUCUCUCUCCAUCCAGUUAGCUCCUCACAGCCCCGAGCCCCGAGCAGAGAGCCGGUCUGAACCCAGGACAAACGCGGUGGACUUCACUGACUCUACACGACCCCCUGUCAUACCACCAAGACCAGCGGGCAGUUUGGUGCGCGAGUUUUCCCCUGUAAGAGGUGGCCCAGGACCGCUUUCUUCUGGAUCAUCAUCCCCAGACCCAGCAGCUCGUCGAUCACCAUAUAGCCGGGCCAGUCAGGAUUCCCCAGACUUCCUAUCAGGGCUACUACCCAAAGCCCUUUCGCCGACUCCCUACGCCCCUCUGGAACGUUCGGGAUUAAUGUCGGCCUCACCUGCCAUGUCACCAGUAACCGUUUCAGCACUGAGUCAAUAUUCCUCAUCCACGGCCGUGCUGGAGGAGCUGCAGAUCUGCGGCCUAGACUCCUCCCCCUUGGCCACACCCACUCCGUCCCCCACACUCAGCCACGCCUCCAAUGUCACUGAUGAGCUUCAAGCCAUCCCGUCUGCUGCCACAGGCACUAACGGUCAGAUGGCAGUGAAUGGAAGCUCUCAGUCUCAGAGGCCCUUCUCUCCACCUGCACACCCUCCUCCUCCACCACCACCAAUCCUCAGCCCAGGCCUGGUACAGAUCCAGCAUGGUCAUAGUUCAGAGGGUUCAGAGACACUGAAAAGAGAGACUGUUGUCUCUGGUCAGACAGUGGUCAGUAGCUCCGUGCCCAUCGCUCGCUUCUCAGAGGAAGAGAAGAAGGUCUCCGUCAUUAAAGCUCCCCAUUACGAAGGCAUUGGGCCAGUGGAUGAGUCUGGCAUUCCCAUCGCCAUCCGUACGACUGUGGACAGGCCCAAGGACUGGUACAAGACCAUGUUUAAACAGAUCCACAUGGUUCAUAAGCCAGAUGAUGACUAUGCAGACACAUAUAAUGCAACAUACGCAGUCAUAAACAAUGACAAUUAUCCUCCAGUUCAUGCUCACCCACCUCCUCGAACGCACACGUACCGGCCGCUCUCUAGAAAUACCUCAGACAUCCCCGACAAUGCUGCCCAGCGAGAGCUCUCGCCGUCACCCGUGCCCCCGCCACCCCCUCCGAUGCCCUCUCUCCUCCAGCUCCGCUCGCGGGACAUGGACAGAGAAAAAGAGUUCUCCCAUGACCCAAACGAAUGGGGUCCUCCAGAACGUAAAGUGGACACGCGUAAAUAUCGGGCAGAACCACGAAGCAUCUUUGAGUAUGAGCCUGGUAAAUCCUCCAUUCUCGAACAAGAAAGGCCUACAUUUGAUUUAAACCCAGAUGACAUAGAUUUAGAGAACGAGCCUUGGUUUAAAUUCUUUUCCGAGUUGGAGUUUGGACGGCCGCCUCCUAAAAAGAGGUUGGAUUAUAAUCCUGACUACUCCACACAUACUGUGGCACAGUCAUCUCUCUAUAUCUCGCCUUCUGAACGACCUGAUGGGCCUUCAAGCUCUGCAAGUGACUACAGAAAAAGGCGAAAGUCUGAGCCAUCUGUCACUCAAGCCAACACAGGAAGUGAACAGAAUGCCAGUCAAGUAUUUUCUCGCACACUGGACUCCAGUAAAGCACAGACGCUGAAGAAGCCCACCAUACGCUCUUCCCCCUCAUCACCAUCAAGAGCCAAAGAUCAGGGCUCUGAUACAGGACGAAUUACUCCACAAAGCAGAAGGCUCACACCAGAAAGAGAGGUCUCUUCUAAGCAGAUGACCUAUCUUAUAUUGUCUUCUCUCCUCCAUCAGAAACAGUCUGCCAGAGCAAUUUAUGAUUUUAAAGCUCAGUCUGCCAAGGAAAUUUCCUUUAAAAAGGGUGAUGCUGUCAACAUCAUCAGACAGAUUGACAGUAACUGGUAUGAAGGUGAACACAGAGGGCGGAUUGGGAUUUUCCCCAUCUCUUAUGUCGAGAAGGUGGCGUCUCCAGAGCGGAGACAGCCUGUCAGGCCUCCUCCUCCAGCUCAGGUUCGAGAGAUGGGAGAGGCCAUUGCGCGAUACAACUUCAAUGCUGACACUAAUGUGGAGCUUUCUCUCAGAAAAGGGGAACGGGUCAUCCUUCUAAGGAAGGUGGAUCAGAAUUGGUAUGAAGGAAAGAUUCCUGGCUCAAGUAAGCAGGGCAUUUUCCCUGUGUCUUAUGUCGAUGUGAUCAAGGGCUCACCUUCCAAGAGCCCCAGUCACCAAGGAGACACGCACACAUAUAGAGCACAGAAGCAUGAUACAGUCUCCCAUCUGCUGUGCCUUGAAUCUGCCGCUAGGACACACCUUCAAUCAGUCACUAGCGAAUGGCUGUCCCUCACAUUGGGUGUCUCCACCACUUAUGCAUCUUCCUGUGGCAGUCCUUUGCCACCCACACCUCCUCCUUUACCCAGUGACCUGCACUACACAGGCCCACAAUCCCCUACUCCACCUGUGCGAAGGUCCUACCCAACACAAAACCUUUCUCCAAAAUGCCCCCCUUUUCCCAGCCAAGGACCAACCAUUUCAGAGUCCUUAAACAGUCCCUGUUACUCAGAUGAACUUCUCUACAGAGAUAAAUUGACAGCAAUAGAUGUAGCACAGUCUUUUAGUUUACCCAUGAAACAGAUCAGAGAUCAUGAACAACAGAUGGGUCACGAUGGUAAAAAGUUUUUAGAAGAACUGAAUGUAAAGGAGCAAACCUUGAAGCAAAACUGUGACCCAUCUAGACUAAUAAGCGAACCUGAUCCAUAUGGUGAGCUUAUGUCGAUGUUUCUUAAAAAUCAGCUAUAUAAUGAACUUGAGUUCAAAUUGGCCAUUCGGUCGAAAAACAUAGCUAAUCUAGAAUUAUUACCUGCUGAGCCACUGCCCAUCAAGCCAAGCCACAAAUUUGAACAAAAACUAGAAAAACAGCACGAUAACUAUGAGAAAAAGGCUGAAGAUUUGUUGUCAGUCAUUUGGAAUGAGAAAACGGAGUUCCACAGUCCAGCCGCGCUAAACUGGGAGGAUCUUCCUGAGUUGUACAUACAAGAGGAUGAUGAAAAAAUCAGCACUUCAGGCUUAAAGACUGUUUUGAAAAAAGAGGCUGACUCCUCCUCCAUCAUUCCAUCUUUCCCCAUGUCUUCCUCCCCCACCCCUGAUUCCUCCCUUCAUCUAUCUUCCACUAGCUUUUCUCAAAUAAACACUGAAUCAUCUCCUCUUGUUGUUCAGUGCACUCCGCUGUCUGCUGCCAAACAUUCAUCUUGUUCUCCUCCAAUUCCUCUGGCUUCUUCUUUUGAAUUGGUGCCCUAUUUCUCCUCUAACCUUCCAACCUCAAUUGUUUCCUCCACUUCAGAAUCUCCUCUCCCUCCAUUAUCUCUCUCUACUCCUCUUCCUUCACCUCCUUCGUCUCCUCCCUACUCCCCAAUCCCACUUCCUCCACCUCCUUCAAUGACACUCAAUAUUCCUCCUCCUUCAUCCUCUUCUCUGCCUUCUAAUCUUCGCAACACAUCAUCACCAUCUCCUCCUCCCUCCCCUCCACAAGCUAUUCUUUCUUCUGUUUCUCCUCAGCUUUCCUAUUCUCCUUCUGCUCCUAUUCACUCUAAUAUCUCUACUUCCUCAUCUUCUCCUCAAAUCCCACCAUCACCUCUAUCAUCUCCUUUUCCUUCAUUACAUCCUCCUCUUUAUACCUCUUGCAAGCCUCUUCUACCAACUAUUCCAGCCUCCCCACCCUCAUCUCCCUCUCCUCCUCCAUCUUCUUCAGACCAAGCUCCACCCUCUCCCCCUAAAUCUCCUCCUCUUCUUUCCUCUCCUCCUCCCUCCUCUGUUCCUGUGGUCUCCUUUACAUCCACCCCUCCAUCCUCUCCCCCUGUUUGUCCUCUCUCCCCUCGUUCACAGCCCCGAUCUCCUAAGAUUAAGACAGUUUAUAGGCAGGAAGUGGUGGUUGAGGGUAAGCCACCCCGUAGCCCCAAUUCCACAAGGAGGCGCUGUUUUUCUCCCUGUUUAUCACCCAGUAGAGCACGAAGGAAAAUGAUGCAGGAUUCUCAGCAUGCAGGUGGUGACCCCUUCCAAGCUGUGUACAACUAUGUGCCUCGUAAUGAGGAUGAGCUGGAGCUGAAGGAAGGGGAUGUUGUUGAUGUUGUCGAGAGAUGUGACGAUGGCUGGUUUGUUGGUACCUCUCGGAGAACCAGGUUAUUUGGAACGUUCCCAGGAAACUAUGUUAAACCGCUUUAACAAAGAGGAAACAAUGGCACAACUAUGGCCACUCCAGUGCCUACUGUGUAGGGCCAACGAGGCGCCUCACCUUUGAGAAAGUGUGUCUUUGUGUGCGAGUGUGUUCACAGACACUACAGUUUUAGCUCUGCCAUUACUGCACAGACGAACCACGGAAGUUACUUCACUCUGAGCACUUUUUUUUUCAUGCCACCAUGCAACCUCCUCGCCGUUCUUUCACCUGCUUUCCUGACAACAGCACACACAGCGAUGUUUUUCCAAUAUUUUGUUAUUUUACAGGAAUUAACACAAUGAGGAUUCAGACACGAUAUUGAGUAAGGUCAGUAGAUCAGUAUAAACUGAGAGAAAAAACUCAGGCAUCAGUGUUGAACUGAAUGUGUGUGUACUUGUUUAUAUUGUUUAUGAGGACAUUAUAUUGUAUAAUGUCAUGGGUAUGACCUAGUUGUACUCUAUUAAGGUGGUUUACAGGAACAUACCUUGUGUUCUUGUAAUUUGAAAAGCUAAAAAUAAUACUUGCGUCUUUUGAUAUUUAAAAUUUGCCACAGGUUUUCAUUGAUGGUUGGAUUUAAAGGUAGGGAAAGACCAUAUAAUAAGCAUUUUUACAGUAUAAACUACAAUACAACUAUGAUAGUCCUCAUAAACCAUACAUACAAGUGUAUGUGCGUGUGUGUGUAUUUAACAUGCAAAGUUAAUAGCAAUAGAGACCACUGGUUAUAGAAGGUGAUGAAUAGUUUCAUUUAAAAUGAGCUGAAAGUGAUUUAAUGGACAAUUUAUGAUGUAGUCCAUUCCCCGUUUUUGUGGCCAAAAUAAGAAGCUAAUUAAGUGUAUAGGAAAUAUACUUUUGCCAUACAGAAAUAUGAAAUAUGAAGGAUUUGUGCUGUUGUUUAAGUGGCAAUCUUUAAUAUAGGAUAAUGUCCAUAUAAUUAUCAGUGCACUGGGUAUUUGUAUAAGUUGUCUUUAAAAUGAAAGUGCAUUGAAAUUCUGAAAAGGAAAAAAUGCUUUUAUGGGAUUUGGUAUAAACUAUUUGAUUAACGAACUUGUUUUUCUAAUGUUUACUUGAGAAUUUUAUGAAUAGGCUGUUUUAGAAUUGUAAACCAGAUUUUCAUACAGUAACAUUCUGUAAAACUGCAUUAGAAAUGAAUGGCAACAAAUGUUACAAAGUCAAGGUGAGCCUGCUCAAAUGUUUCCCUUUUUAUUUGUUUAACUAAUUUAUCUGAAAGGGUUCAUCUUGCAGUUUUCCUUUUGAGCAUUUGAUCUCUGGUAUAACAAUUAAAUUAUGUAAUUUAUCUGCCACGUUUCUCAUGAGAUGCACUCUUUUAAAAACUGCAUUGUAUAGCGCAAUAGAGAGAGAGAGAAAGAGCUGUUGGUCUUUGAUGAAUGUUGUUGUUUCUAAGCUUGUCUGGCAUUUAAAAAUUCAUGUUUAGUUUUUGAAGGAUUUGUACGUCAGUAUUUUCUGCACUAAGUGUAUCACUUGUUGUGUUCUCAUCUGAAAACAUAUAGCUUGUUUUGCAUCAGCUUUUACGAGUAUGUUUAUUCAGUGUAUGAAAAAGUAUGUCUGAAGUUCACAGGCAGCAAAGCAAUCUUAAAGCACCUUAAGCAUUUAUUAGUUCUCUUAUUUUUGUUUUCUUUAAAGUUGAAGUGUGUACAUGAGAUAUUGCAUCAUUUUGUAGUGUGAUAUGCAGGGGAAAUUAUAGGUAAACCAAUUGUAAGUUUAUUGAUCCAGCUGACCCUUUUCACAGACUUUCCUGAUGCGUUUUUCACAGUCAUUCGCAUGAAAAGUAAUGUAAGGUAUUUAACUUAACAACACUAAAAAUUGUGUUAUUUUACCUUGGCAUGACUGACUGAAGUCUCUUUCUCUCCUCAUAUCAACUUGCUAUGGACAUUCUAAAAGGCCAUGCAUUCAAAUAUUUUUUUCUCUCUAGUUUUAUCGUGAUCUCAACAUAACAAAAAGAUGUUUUCUUGUGAUCACGACAUAUCAAACGUUGUUUUCUCGUUAUCACGACUUAAUUUUGGGGGGUUUUAUUUAUUUAUCAUUAUUAUUUAUACCCGCCCAAUGCAUGAGCAGGCCACCAAAAGUUUUCAGAUGGACACUCCAACCUUAGUAACAGAAUCUUCCACAUGUAACUUAAUGAUUGAUGAUGAAGGGACAACACGUGUAUUUUGCCUAUGGAGCAGCAAACUAAGCUAGAAUGACUGCAGAUGCACAUUCGUGCAACACAUUAAGGACUUUCAGAAGAGCCAUAAUCAUAUGAGCACAAACGCACAUACUCAUGAUUAAUGUGUAUUCAUGAUAGCAUUCAUAUAUAUCAGUGGUUCCCAAAGUGGUGGUCAGGAUUCCUCGGAGGGUUGCGGGAUAACUAUUAGAAUGAGCAUAUUUUGUCCAUAUGCUACAGAAGAUAAAAGAUGGUUGUUAAUAGUUACAGGUAUAAAACAUCACACUUUUUUUCAACUAGAUUGCAAAUCCUGGAGUCUCAUUACAUUAGAUUAAAGACACAGCAAUAGGGUCAGAUGCAGCAGAUUAAUUUCAUGGCACCAGGGUAAACUUUGACACCUUUACCGCACUCGUAUACAUUAAAAUGAAAUGAAAAAUGUAAACCACACUGAACAUGGAGGAUGAUCUCUGAGUGGCAAUCUUCAAAAUUAAACAAAGAAUAGACUUGAACCUAUUGGUGUGUGUGAACCAUUUUGGGGGUCACGAGUCACUGGCAUUGUUAUUUUGGGGGCCAUGGGCUGAAAAGUUUGGAAACCCCUGAUGUAUACAGCAGGGGUCACCAAUCUCGGUCUAGGAGGGCCAGUGUCCCUGCAGGGUUUAGCUCCAACUUCAUCACCCUCAUCACACCUGCCUUGGUGUUUCUAGCAUACCUAGUAAGAGCUUGAUUAGCUUGUUCAGGUGUGUUUGAUUAGGGUUGGAGCUAAAAUCUGCAGGGCACCGACCCUCCAGGAACAAGUUUGGUGACCCUUGAUAUACAGUAUCAUUAUUUACAAUAAAAUUCCCUCAACUGUUUAUACCAUUUUAGAGCUCUAUUCUAUUCUCAUUCUAUGAUGGUGCAAAAUAAGUUGUUACAUGUAUGAAUUAGAUUAUGAAGAAUGAUGAAGAUCCUGCUUUUGCUUUAAUGCAUCUUUUGCGUAAGCUGUUUACAAUUACAUGAAAAAGUGAAUCCCUUCAAAUAAUGCAAUAUGGCUAACCUUUUACAAUGAUGUUGUAUUAAUGUUAGUUAAAGCAUUUACUAACACUAACAAAUAAUAAAUAAUACAUUUGUUACAGUAUUUGUUCAUGUUAGUUAACAUGAAAAUACAGUUGUUCAUUGUUAGUUCAUGUUAACUCACAAUGCAUUAGCUAAUGUUAACAAGCAUGACUUUGGAUUUUAAUAAUGCAUGUUAAUGCUGAACUAUAAUUUAUAAAUUCUAUACAAGUGUUUUUCAUAAUUAGUUCAUGUUAGUAAACACAUUUACUAAUGAAACCUUAUUUUAAAGUGUGACCGCAAUAUGAAAUAGCUACUGUGUCUAGGACAUUCUCUUAUGCUGAAUAAAUCGAAAACUCGAGAAAACAACUUUUGUUGUCGAAAUGAUGAAAAAAUUAAGUCGUGAUAACGAGAAAACAACUGUUGAUAUGUCAAGGUCACGAAACAAUUAAGUCAUUAUAACAAGAAAACAACUGUUGAUAUGUUGAGAAAACGAGAAAGAAAAAUAUACUGUAAUAACGCACGGCCUCUAAGGACUUUGGUAACUUGCUGUGAUCAAGAUCUUUUUUUUUUCAUCUUGCUACUAAAUCAAAUGGGAACUCAAAAAAUAAUGUUUAAUUCUAAUUUCCAUUCAAAAACCCCGGAAAUUGUGAAAAGGGUUCAUGAUGGCACUUUGUUUUUUUGUACACGCAACUAAUGGUUUGCAUUUGGAGUGGAGGUGUUUGGUUGCCCAGUGGUAGAUGCGAGGUGUUUUGGAAACCUGUUCGGAAACAAUUGUAAUUACAUUUGAUCCACAUAAAGAGCUGCAUAUUCAUAAUAAGCAUGCUUUUGUUCUUAAAAUAGAGCUCAAGAUUCUCACAAUGUUCUCAAUAGGGAACCAAAAGAAACUUAAAAUGUUUUUUUUGUACGUUCAAAUAAUGAUUCAAGGGCUUUUAGACUUUGAUUUGGUUGCUAGAAGAAUCUGCUCACAUUGACAGUGACUUUUUUAACAGUAACAUGUAAUUGAUAGUCUUAUUUGAACAGUCGGGACAUUUUUAAAUAGAUAUUUCAAGAGUUCCCACUUAGAUAUGCUUGGCGUAUAAAGCAGGUUUGGCAUGCUGUCCCGGGAGAGAACCCUGAGCUCGGAGAUAUCUGAGCCCAGGGCUCCCGCCCGGUCGAUAAGCAUAUCAGGAGAUCCGAGAUCAGGUAGGUCUCGAGAGCUCCCCCUUUUAGAAAAGGGAGGAAAAGGAGGAGAUGGGGUGGAAGGGGGUAUUUUUCCAAACGAAGAUAAAACAUUAGGGAGAAAAUGAUCCAUUUAUAGUAAACUAGGAUCACUCUGAUUGGAUUAUUACUGAUUACAGAUGAGUGGCCAGACGUGCUCAAUCAUAUCACAUGCUCCUCUCGAAAUUGGUUUAUGAAACUUCACUUAGUUUGUUUUGAUCACUACUUCAGAGAUCAGUGUUUAUAUCAGAACUUUUAUUCCAAUUGAAGUUUCGUAAAACUGGUAUAUCGAGAGGACUUUUGUGAAGCGAUCUAUUGACUGUUCACACAUAGGCCUGAAUUCCCACUUUGAUUUACUUGUUUAAUGAAAAGCCAGACUGAUGGCGUUUAUUAAGAAAGCAAAAAGUCACUGGGAUGUUUGAAUAGUGAUUUGUGAUCUUUGAGUUCAGCUCUGAGUAGAAGUGACACACUUCAGCUUUAAAUGUUUAAACACACGUUUUGCAUUUUCCAGCUUCACAGCUGUGUUUGCUAAAACUCUAUAUGUUCUUUUUGUAUUGUACUGUACAUGGGUUUCACUUUAUACUUCACGUUAUAAAGCUCUUGCUUUCUCACUUAUGGUUUCUUUCAUCUGUUUUGUAGUCCUUUAUAAUUCAUCCCAUGUGCCAAAUUUAUACACACUCAACGUCUUUGGUGCAAAAAAAUUAAAAUGUAUGCAAAAAAAUUGGCAGAGAAUGUUUUCUGGGUAUAAUAAAGGACUUUCUUCAGCACAGGAUGGAUAGUGAUGCACUCUCUAGUGUAACUGGAGUCACUAUUUCCCUUUGAUACAGCCACAUACUCCUCUACUCAAGACAGUGGAUAUGACAGAUAUGGUGUUUUAUCAUCAUAUAGUGUUAUAGUGUUGGUUUUGGUGGUUUAUGAGGACACAAACUGUAUAAUGACAUGGAUAUGACCUUAGACCUUGAUGUGGUUUAUAAGGACAUGAAAAAAAAUCAUUCUUAACAGGGUCUUUUCAAAUUCAAAAUUUGCCAUGUUUUGAAAGUAAAAAAUAUAUUAUGCCAACGGAGAGUCCUCACAAACCUCCAAAGUGUGUGUGUGUGUGUGUGUGUGUGUGUGUGUGUGUGUGUGUGUGUGUGUGUGUGUCUGUCUAUCUGUCUAUCUGUCUGUCUGUCUGUCUGUCUGUCUGUGUUCAUAAUUAACUUAGGUUCUUAAACUGCUCUCUGUCAAGUAAAGCUUUCUCCUAUUUUUUUCCCUUUCUCCUUCUCUCUCCUUCUGUCUUUCUUUUGUUUGUUUUGUUCUGUAGCCAAUAAAUUUCUGCUCUGUUAUUUGA